GGAGCGGGGGUUCUCUGGCGCUAAAUCGUAAAUCUCCUAUAGACACGCUUCAUGGUUCAUAGUUCAUACAUUCUCUUCUAAUUUCCUUUCACAGAGAAUCUGUCGUCUCCGAUCAAACCCCGUUGCUUCGUCUCUCUGAUCCUCUUUUUGUGUGUAUCUCUCUCUAACCCUUCUAUUAUUUACUAGCUGAACUAGAGUUGGAAGUUCAUAUUGAUCACAGUGUACAUUAUAUUUCAAGGAUGAAUAUGCAGCCAGUUGUGCAGACAAGAUCUUCUGCCAAUGGAUUUGGCCGUCGCAGAACGGAUAGAGAAACUGGAACAAAGUUGCAGAGUGCGAAAACAAAUUCCAGUCGAUUGACAAGUGUAGGUCAGAAGGGAGAUUCUGAAAUCCCUUCACGUGAUCGCCUUGUAUAUAUAACUGCUUGCCUUAUUGGACAUCAAGUGGAAGUACAGAUGCUGGAUGGCUCCGUCUUUUCAGGGAUACUUCAUGCUACUGAUACAGUCCAAGAUUUUGGCAUUGUUCUGAAGAUGGCACGCUUGAUUAAAGAUAGUUCUCAUGGCCCCAAGAGUAAUUCACAAUCUCUUAGCAAGACUCCUUCAAAGACAUUCAUAAUACCAUCUAAAGAGCUUGUGCAAAUUACUGCUAAGGAUGUGCCUGUAACUUCAGAUGGAUUCAAAUAUGACUUACAACAGGAAGCACAGCUGGAUUUAAUGACAGAUUCUUGCAUAUCACAGUCCCGGCAUGUUGAGGUGGGGCGAGAGCUGGAACGUUGGGUACCUGACAGUGAUGCUCCUGAAUGUCCCGAACUGGAUAAUAUAUUUGAUGGUCCUUGGAACAGGGGCUGGGAUCAAUUUCAAGCAAAUGAAACACUAUUUGGUGUAAAAAGCACAUUCGAUGAGGAGCUGUAUACAACAAAGCUUGAGAGAGGCCCUCAGACGAGGGAGUUGGAAAGAGAAGCUUUGAGGAUAGCUAGAGAAAUUGAAGGCGAGGAAACCCGUGAUCUUCACCUGGCUGAGGAAAGAGGACAGCAACAUCAUGGACACCUUGAAAUUGAUGAGGAAACCCGAUUUUCAUCAGUCUUUAGGGGGGUUGAUGAUAGUGGAAAUGAUGAUUGUGAGGAAAUUUUGUUGGACUCCCGCAAUGAUGAAACAUUUCAGGGUAUCUCUAAUUCUGUAACGGGGAAGUUGUUCAUUGGUAUCAGCAGCAAAGAAUCUGAUAAUGGAGCUCAAUGCCUAUCAAGAACUUCAACUAUGGAUGAAGCACAAUCUUCCUUGUCAAGUACUAGUAGGGAUGUUUAUUGGACUGGUAAUGAUGAUCAGGCUAAACAGUUGUCAGCUGAUCAUGUUCCCAUUACGGAGGAGCGCAGGGCUCAUGAGAUUCAGCCUAGUGAACAAGAGGGAACUAGUAGCUUUGAUGAGGAUAAUGUGAAGCAAAUGUUGGCUGAAGAGGGUGAAAAGCUGAAGCCUGAGGAUGUCAGUGCAUUGCAUGUUUCAGCCGAGAGUGAGAAGAUGAACUCUAGUGCUAAAUCAGAUGGUGCAGUGCCUUCAAAAACUCAGGGUAUAAAAUCUGGUAGUUGUGCCUGGCCGAGUGCUGAUGCAGGGGGUACAGCCCCAUUGUCAACUGGGACUGAAUUGUCACGGAGCUCAUCUGUGAGUUCAUUGUCGUCUGAGAAGUCAACAUUGAAUCCGCAUGCUAAGGAGUUCAGACUAAAUCCUAAUGCAAAGAGUUUUGUCCCAUCUCAAACACCUUUGAGACCUGCAUCUCCAGUCUCGGAUGGUUCCUUAUAUUAUCCUGCUAAUGUGGCUGCUGCCCCUCACAUGCAAGGCAUGACUGUUGGCAUUGGGAUUGCACCACCCUUUACUGGAUAUCAGCCAUAUAUUUAUAAUCAACAAGUGACACCGGCUCCUCAGCCAUAUUAUCAUCCGAAUGGACCUCAGUAUGGACAGCAGAUGUUACUUGGUCACCCUCGUCAAGUUAUGUACAUGCCAAGCUACCCUCAUGAAAUGCCGCACAAGGGAAGAGAUUUUUAAUGAGAUGAUUGACACAAUGUUUCUGCAAUGCCUUGUGCAAUUGCGGUUAUAGGAAAUAAACUUCUGACGCUUUGACUGCUUGGAACUUUUUUUAUGUACCUUUGGUGAGCACUAGAUAGCUGAUAAGGGUUCUCUUAGCAUUCCAGUUUGUCAUUUCAUGGUUUUUAAAAAAAAAUUUAAUUUUAUUUUUCUUUAAAACUCAGAUGGAUCAAGUGUUCUGUUGUUGAACUUGUUUUCUUUUUAAUUUAGUGGAUAGAUAGUCUCAGGUCAUUUGUGUAACUUAAAAUCCCAUGCGUUUUUGCUCCUUCAUUAUUUUCUGGGUACCAUGACUGUAUGCUUAAACAAGUGUAUAAGAUAAUAGAGGUUGAAUUCACCUCCA